AUGGGGUGGAAGCAGCAGCAGCAGCAGCAGGCGAAGUUGGCUCUGGUGUCAAUGAUGCUGCUGAUGAUAUGGCCGGCGAUUUCGCCGGCGCAGGCUUGCCAAGCAAACGGCGGCGAGUGCAGAGUCUGCAUCGUUGAUCAGUUGAAGUUCGGUUGUCCGUCAUGCGUGCCGGCCAUACGCUGCAUGGCGGGAUGCUUGUGGGGCGGUCGCCCAAGGUCUGUGUGUGUGAAGAGGUGUGAUUGUUACGGCGGAAGCCCAAAGCUCUCCGAUUGCAAGAAAUGCCUGUCGCGGUGCAAAUGCAGCUGUGCGGCGCCGGCUUAA